AGCUGUCCCAUCCUGGAGGCUACAUAAUUGAAGACAUUGUUGCAGGAUGAAAAGAUGGCAGCGCACAUGCUUGCACCGCCAGGCCCUGAUAGUUUCCGCCUUUUCACCCGUGAGUCUUUGGCUAUCAUUGAGCAGCGGAUUGCUGAGGAGAAGAAAAAAAAGCCUCCCAAGCAAGACAGCAGCCACCGAGAUGAUGAUGAUCAAAAUAAGCUUAAACCAAACAGCGACCUUGAAGCAGGCAGAAGUUUGCCAUUUAUCUAUGGCGACCCCCCUCCUAAAUGCAUUGCUGAACCAUUGGAGGACUUGGACCCUUUUUAUAUAAAUCAGAAAACCUUUAUAGUACUAAACAGAGGAAAAGCUAUCUUCCGAUUUAGUGCCACACCUGCCAUGUACAUUUUAGGCCCUUUGAAUCCACUGAGGAGAUACGCUAUUAAAAUUUUGAUACAUUCAGUGUUCAGCAUGAUUAUUAUGGCCACUAUUUUGACCAACUGUGUAUUCAUGACUUUUAGUAAACCCCCAGACUGGUCUAAGCAGGUGGAGUACACAUUUACUGGCAUUUAUACAUUUGAGUCUCUUGUAAAAAUGAUUGCAAGAGGAUUCUGCAUAGAUAGCUUUACAUUUCUACGUGAUCCAUGGAACUGGUUGGAUUUCAGUGUAAUAAUGAUGGCGUAUGUAACAGAAUUUGUAAACCUAGGCAAUGUUUCAGCUCUUCGCACUUUCAGAGUAUUGAGAGCUUUGAAAACUAUUUCUGUAAUUCCAGGCCUGAAGACCAUUGUGGGUGCUCUAAUCCAGUCUGUGAAGAAGCUGUCUGAUGUAAUGAUUUUGACUGUAUUCUGCCUGAGUGUCUUUGCCCUUAUUGGACUCCAGUUGUUUAUGGGCAAUUUGAGGCAGAAGUGUGUCAUUUGGCCACCCAAUCCAGCAUAUCUAAAUGCCACAGAUGAAAAUGGAACAAGGAUUUUUGACUUUAAUGACUACAUUAUGAAUGACACAAAUUUCUACUGGGUGGCAGGAAUGGGUGAUCCAUUGCUUUGUGGAAAUAGCACAGAUGCUGGCCAAUGUCCUGAAGGGUAUAUGUGUAUGAAGGCAGGAAGAAAUCCUAACUAUGGGUACACCAGUUUCGACACGUUUGGUUGGGCUUUUCUAGCCUUGUUUCGACUCAUGACGCAGGAUUUCUGGGAAAAUUUGUACCAGCUAACAUUAAGAGCAGCGGGGAAGACGUACAUGAUCUUCUUUGUUCUUGUCAUCUUCGUGGGUUCUUUUUACCUGGUCAACUUGAUUCUGGCUGUGGUCGCCAUGGCCUAUGAGGAGCAGAACCAAGCUACCCUGGAGGAAGCUGAGCAGAAAGAGCAGGAGUUCAAACAGAUGCUGGAACAGCUGAAGAAGCAGCAAGAGGAUGCUCUGCUGGCUGCUGCGACAGCCACCUCUGCGGGCACUGUUUCGGAAGAUGCGCUUGACGAAGACGAGGAAGGAAGAAUGUCACAAAGCUCAUCAGAGUUGUCGAAACUCAGCUCGAAAAGUGCCAAGGAAAGAAGGAACAGGCGGAGGAAGCGAAAGCAGACAAGGGGACACUCCGAGGGGGAGGAGAAAGGCGACCAUGAAAAGAUUUUAAAGUCAGAAUCUGACAAUGGGAUCAGUAAACGGGGCAGGCAUUUAACACAUGGAAUGAAAUACCCCAUGAACCAGUCUCAGCUGAGCAUCUUGGGGUCUCCGAACCUAACGCGGUUCGACAGCAAAAGCAGCAUUUUCAGUAUUAGAGAUCGGAAAGAACCCGGUUCAGAAACAGAAUUUGCUGACGAUGAGCACAGCACGGUGGAAGAGACAGAUGGCAACCGGAAGAAUUCUUUGUUUGUUCCGAACAGGGAACCCAACAGGAGGAAUAGCUACAGUGGCUACAGUCAACCCAGCAAGUCGUCAAAAAUGUUUCCCGUCCUUCCAGUCAAUGUGAAAAGGAACAGCACAGUGGACUGCAAUGGUGUGGUCUCACUAAUCGGUGGCCCAGGAGCUACCCUGUCUGGUGGACGCCUACUGCCUGAGCCUACCACUGAAAUCGAGAGCAAGAAGAAACAUUCGGGCUCCCUCCUGGUGUCAAUGGACCAGUUAAAUGCAUCCUUCGGAAGGAAGGACAGAGCGAACAGUGUUUUAAGUGUUCUGACAAACACUCUGGAAGAGCUCGAAGAGUCUCAGAGGAAGUGUCCACCCUGCUGGUAUAAAUUUGCAAAUAUGUUUCUCAUCUGGGAAUGCUGUCCGCUGUGGUUGAAGUUGAAAGAGUACAUGCAUCUGUUUGUGUUUGAUCCAUUCGUGGACCUAGCCAUCACCAUUUGUAUUGCACUCAAUACCCUCUUCAUGGCAAUGGAGCACUACCCGAUGACACCGUCCUUUGAAAAUGUUUUGGCUGUGGGAAACCUGGUUUUCACUGCGAUCUUUGCAGCGGAAAUGUUUAUGAAGCUCAUAGCAAUGGACCCUUACUACUAUUUUCAGGAAGGGUGGAACAUCUUUGAUGGCUUUAUCGUGUCCCUCAGUUUAAUGGAGCUUGGUCUGGCAAAUGUUGAAGGACUGUCUGUGCUGAGGUCCUUCAGAUUGUUGAGAGUUUUCAAACUGGCAAAGUCCUGGCCAACACUCAACAUGUUGAUAAAAAUUAUUGGCAACUCUGUUGGUGCCUUAGGAAACCUGACAUUGGUGCUGGCGAUCAUCGUCUUCAUCUUUGCUGUGGUGGGCAUGCAGCUCUUCGGGAAAAGCUACAAGGACUGCGUCUGUAAGAUCAAUUCCGAUUGCAUUCUGCCUCGUUGGCACAUGAAUGACUUCUUCCACUCUUUUCUGAUUGUGUUCCGUGUGCUGUGUGGUGAAUGGAUUGAAACUAUGUGGGACUGUAUGGAAGUGGCAGGCCAGACCAUGUGUCUCAUUGUGUUCAUGAUGGUCAUGGUCAUUGGCAAUCUUGUGGUGCUGAACCUGUUCCUGGCCUUGUUGCUGAGCUCUUUCAGUGCUGAUAACCUUGCAGCGACUGAUGAUGAUGGUGAGAUCAACAACCUUCAGUUGUCUGUGAUUAGGAUCAAGAAGGGAAUCGCCUUCAUGAAGGCCUAUGGGCAUGCAUUUGUUCAAAAACAUUUUAAGAGCAAAGAUGCAGAUGAGGCCAAACCACUAGAUGAGCUUAUAGACAAAAAGGUGAACUACAUUGGAAACCAUACCGGUGCUGACAUCAACCGAGAAAUGGACUACCAAAAGAAUGGCAAUGGCACCACCAGUGGCAUUGGGAGCAGUGUGGAAAAGUACAUUAUUGAUGACGACCAUAAUUCCUUUAUCCACAAUCCUAAUCUUACUGUCAGAGUUCCAAUAGCAGUUGGGGAGUCAGACUUUGAAAACCUAAAUACUGAAGACUUCAGCAGCGAAUCUGAAGUUGGUGGGAGCAAAGAGAAACUGGAUGAUACCAGCUCGUCGGAAGGAAGCACAAUAGAUAUAAAGCCAGAAGGAGAAGAGGGCCCACCAGUAGAGCAACCUGAAGAGUACUUAGACCCUGAAGCAUGCUUCACUGAUGGUUGUGUGCAACGCUUUAAAUGUUGUCAAGUUAGUAUUGAGGAAGGCUGGGGAAAACCAUGGUGGACUUUGCGAAAGACCUGCUUCUUAAUUGUGGAACAUAACUGGUUUGAAACCUUCAUUGUUUUCAUGAUUCUGCUCAGCAGUGGAGCUCUGGCUUUUGAAGAUAUUUACAUUGAACAGCGGAAGACAAUCCGGACUAUCCUUGAGUAUGCUGACAAGAUCUUCACAUAUAUCUUUAUCCUUGAGAUGUUGUUGAAGUGGACGGCCUAUGGAUUUCAAAAGUACUUCACGAAUGCAUGGUGUUGGCUGGACUUCCUCAUUGUCGAUGUUUCCUUAGUCAGCCUCGUAGCUAAUGCCCUGGGCUACUCCGAACUAGGUGCCAUUAAGUCUCUUAGGACACUAAGAGCUUUGAGACCUCUAAGAGCCUUGUCACGAUUUGAAGGGAUGAGGGUUGUCGUCAACGCUUUGGUGGGUGCCAUUCCUUCCAUUAUGAAUGUACUGCUGGUCUGUCUCAUCUUCUGGCUCAUUUUCAGCAUAAUGGGAGUGAACCUUUUUGCUGGAAAGUAUUAUUAUUGUUUUAAUGAAACCUCCGAAUAUAGGUUUCUCCCCUCGGAAAUAAACAACAAGACAGAUUGUGAGGCCUUUAUAAACCAGACCAGUGAUGAAAUUCGAUGGAAGAAUGUGAAGAUUAACUUUGACAAUGUCGGAGCAGGAUAUCUGGCUUUGCUGCAAGUGGCUACCUUCAAAGGUUGGAUGGAAAUCAUGUAUGCAGCUGUUGAUUCACGAAAGUUACAGUUCCAUGAUUCAUCUAUGGCAGAUGAAUUGUUUUACAGCAAAAACAUUAACAAUGAACUAUCUUCUGUUUCCCUAGGAAUGUUCCUGGCUGAUAUCAUUGAGAAAUACUUUGUGUCACCGACCCUUUUCAGAGUAAUUCGAUUGGCCCGAAUUGGCCGUAUCUUGCGUCUGAUCAAAGGAGCCAAAGGAAUCCGAACGCUAUUGUUUGCCUUAAUGAUGUCUUUGCCUGCCUUGUUCAACAUCGGGCUGCUUUUGUUCCUGGUCAUGUUCAUCUUUUCCAUAUUUGGGAUGUCUAAUUUUGCAUAUGUCAAGAAAGAUGGCGGUAUCGACGACAUGUUUAACUUUGAAACAUUUGGUAACAGCAUGAUCUGCUUGUUCCAGGUCACUACAUCUGCAGGUUGGGAUGGUUUGCUCUUGCCGAUCUUAAACAGACCACCAGAUUGUGACCUUGAAAAGGAGAAUCCAGGCACUGCUGUUAAAGGAGACUGCGGCAAUCCCAGUGUGGGAAUAUUUUUCUUUGUCAGUUACAUCAUCAUAUCAUUUUUGAUUGUAGUCAACAUGUACAUUGCCAUUAUUCUGGAGAAUUUCAGCGUGGCGACCGAGGAGAGCGCAGAACCACUGAGUGAGGAUGACUUUGAGACAUUCUACGAGAUCUGGGAGAAAUUUGACCCUGACGCCACGCAGUUCAUUGAAUAUAACAAGUUGUCUGACUUUGCUGAUACCUUGGAAGCUCCUCUUCGAGUUCCUAAACCCAAUCACAUUGAACUCAUUGCCAUGGACCUGCCCAUGGUGAGCGGUGAUAGGAUUCACUGCUUGGAUAUCUUGUUUGCAUUCACCAAGCGUGUGCUUGGCGAGGGCGGUGAAAUGGAUGUCCUCCGGCAGCAGAUGGAGGAGCGAUUUGUGGCGUCCAACCCCUCCAAGGUGUCCUACGAGCCAAUCACGACCACUCUUCGGCGCAAGCACGAGGAGGUUUGUGCCAUCAUUAUUCAGCAAGCGUAUAGGGCACACUUGGCAAGGCGAAAAAUCACCAUCAAAGGAAGAGUUCCCUGUACUAAGUCGGGAGGGCAUGCGAAUGAGAAUGGCAACACCAAUCAAGAGAAAAAGGAAGGCUCUCCCUCCACUGCAUCGCUGCCUUCGUAUGACAGUGUAACUAAGCCUGAGAAACAAGAGAAGGAUCGAAAAGGCAAUGAUAAAGGCAGAAACAACCAAAAAGACAUCAGGGAAUCUAAGUUGUGAAAACAAAUUCCAUUUGCAAGCAAAUGUUGUUUACAGACUUAAAAAAGUAUAUAGAUAUAUAUAUAUAUAAAUAAAUAUAUAUAUCAUUGCAGAACAGUGACACAAUUUCUAGAACAAAAAGAACUCUCAUCUAGAGAUCUAUACCAAACAUAAUCUGCUUACAAUAUAAUGUUGUUGCCUAGACGGCAGUGACCUUCCCCUGUCAUGACACUAGGACCCUGUACAGCAAAGGGGAUUCAAUAGACUCCAACAGGUGGUUACUGCAUCUACAGUACUUUAGCAGCCACUGAGACAAAGGACAAACAAAAUGGCUGCUAGGAUCAGUACAUUGCCACGGGGGUCAGACAGACAGAUUUUAUUUUCUCAUUUUAUUUCACUCUUUCAGACAAAAAAAAACCAAGGUUUGUUUGACCAUGCAAAAUUAUGGUUGCCUCCUUCCAUUAUCUGUUCAGCAAUUGUAACAUGUAGCCCAUGUCAUUUUUAGUCACAGUUCCUUUCUUAUAUCCUGCAUAUUUUUCUACAUGGGCUUCAUGUUGUUUGGGGAUAAAGGGAGGUAAGUGGGGUGGGGGGGGGGUGGGGUUUCGGACUGAGGGGGACUUGCUCAGGCCGAUUCCAAAAAAAUGUGCUUGUUCAAUGCAUAGAAAUGAUUUGCAUGAUAGCAUGCUGUGAUCAGAAAUCAUGCAUGUAGAGUCAUAGACCACAGACACAAGUACUUUGUCCACCCAGUGGCUUCGUCUGAUGGCUGAGGCGAUUCACUGUAAAACAUACACUAUAUUGGGGGACAGCCUAAUAUCAUGCCCUUCACAAGUAGUUACAAACUCUUUAAUGAAUCAUUCAUUCAACCUCAGUAGAAGUAAAACAAAAGGGGGUUGUGUGUAUGUUUAAUAGCUAAUGUUCUGAACAUACAGCCAUUGUUGCACAUAAAUUGCUGCUCUGUAUCCUCUUUAAAGGGGAAAAUUAAAAUACAAGAAUGGCUUGUUGUAUUUAAAUUUCAAUGUAAACCAAAACUAGGGCUUUAAAGAUCGUUCAUUUGUAUCUUGCAGUAUUGAUUAAUCACCUUCACAUUGCAGAGUAGACAUUUUAUACAGAGGUAAGGAAUGCUGUGUACAUGGCAAUUUAUCUCUGUGGUGCAAUUUUUGGGUACUGGAUAAUAGGGUAUAUGCAGCACCAAGAUGUGUAUUAAUCAGAGUUGAUACUGUUUUUGAAUUUCUAAUAUCCUUUCAAAAAAAAAGAAAAUGAACAUUUACACCUUCAUCAGUGAUGGUUUGCAGUUGGCACUUUGAUGCAUGUUUUCUUGCUUCUGUAGUCACAUAUAAUGUUUUUUCUCUAAUACUCACAUUUGUUUAAAAAAAUGAAUUAAAAAAAGAAAGAAAUCUAAAUAGCACGACAGGCCACCGUGCUGAGUGCAAGUGGUAGACCGUGCAGCUUCAUUUCAUUUCAUUUCUUGUCAUCUGCUGACAGAUGACAACCAAAUGAGGAGUCAUGUUUUUUCCCCUCGUUAACCUCCCCAAUUAGAAUAUGAUGUAUAAAAAAAGUCAUACAUAUAUGUACAGGCUAUAUUGUAAGCAGCACAAACGAAUGCUGAAAGGUGUGGUUGGAAUUUUUAAGAGAAUAUUAUAAAUAUUGUAAUAUAUCAUUUUAUUUUAUCAGCAUGCAUUUUUUGUAAAUACAACAAAAAAAAAUUACAAAAUUAAACCGAAUGGCUUCAGGCUGAUGCCAUUGUCACAAUUGUUAUUUUGAAUCCAUGGAUACUUUUUCAUUUGUUAACAUCCCGAUUCUAGAAGCAGAAUGGCAAAUUGUAAAGAUGAUAAAUUUGAAAAAAAACCCACUGUUCUCUGGUUCUCUGUGCAAUAAACCCAUUUAAGACCAAA